UUAAUCAGACUUGAUAUUUGAAAAGAUAAGAAAUUGAUACGAUACGUGAAUUCAAUUGCAUACAUGGGCUUAAUUUAUAAAUAUUAAUCAAACUCAACCAAGCAUAUAUUAGAACACUUGUAAUCAGUUAUAUAGCUGUUGCGACUGAUAUUUGUUUGGCGUUACAAUCGCGCCGUCACCCUUCGAUAAGGGAGUCUAUCAUUGGUGUGGACAGUAAUACAAUAUUAAAUGUAUUAUAGUACACUCGUGGCAGUAAACAAGUAUCUUUAUAAUAAUCGUUCGCUCUUUGACACCGUUGUGACGUAACAAGAAAUAAUUCCAUUGGUAUUUUAUUUUAAUACCCACAUUUCAUAAUUAAUUAGAUUAAAUAAUAGUGCAGUUGUUUAUUACAAAAGUACCUUGUCAUGGGGUAAGAAAAACUAGUUUGUGUUUUUAUGAAAUGUUACCGCAAGUGUGUCAUGUUAAGUUUGUGAAUUAAAUCGAAGAGGACAGAUUUAUCAAUUUGGUAUUUGGGUUAUUGCUGCAUGUGAAAGAAUAUGACCGAAACACAAAAAGAUAAUUUGCGAAAACGCAAACAAGAAGUUCUAACACAAAAUGGACUCACAAAGCAACAUGAAGAAAAGAAGUCACUUGCAGAAUUUACGCAUCGGCAUUCACCUCUAACGGUACUCAUAGAAGGUUCACUUCAUAUAAGAGCCAUAUACCAUAUAUUUGUGGUCAUCCUGCUGAUCCUUCUCUGUGACACCGUGAUAUACGACUUCGUUGAACGUGGAAAAAUAAACAUCGGAACAACAUCAGUGAUCGAAGGAUUUGGUGACAUACGUCGAGGUGCUAAAAUCUGGUUGUUAGAACUUGCAAUCGCAGUCGCUUUCUAUCCCGGGCUAAGAUUAUAUGCUGGUACAAGAAAAUUUUUAGUGAAAUUUCCAGCGGCACUGAAAAUAUGGUCAAUCAUGGGCAUUCUUGGCGUUGCCGUUCUGGAGGUGUCGGUAAUAGCGAUACCCACGUGGGACCUGGGCAAAAAGAAACUUGCAUUAGCCUCUUCUACUGCUGUUACUUGUGAAAUGUUUAGAUUUGCAAUGAAAAUUCACGCGGCUGCCGUCGCCUGCGCCCCGCAAUGUCGAGACGAUCUUGCAAAACUGCCUACAUUCAAGCACUAUGUAUACUUUCUAUUCGCACCCACCUUAGUGUAUAGAGAUGAAUAUCCAAGAACAAAGAAAAUUAGAUGGGGUAUAGUAUUAUUUCAUUUUCUGGAGGUAGCGGCAAUAAUAUUUUACAACAGUUUUCUUUGGGAAAGAUUUAUUUUACCUUACUGGUCAGAUUACGGAAAAGAACCCAAAGUGGAAGCGGGCACCGUGGUGCGAAACAUGUUCGCCUGCGUCCUGCCCGGCGUAAUUUCCUUCCUGUGCGGUUUCUAUUGUCUACUGCACGCUUGGCACAAUGCUUUUGCAGAGAUGCUAACAUUUGGCGACCGACUCUUUUACGAAGAAUGGUGGACAACUUCUCAGUUCUCACGUUACUAUCGUGCGUGGAAUCGCGUCGUGUACUCGUGGCUGCGCGACCACAUCUACAGGCCGCUGUCGCCGCGGGCUGGACGAGCACUUUCCACUCUAACAGUUUUUGUUGUAUCAGCAGUGGCACAUGAAGUGAUUCUAUCAUUAUCCUUCGGAUUCUUCUAUCCAGUACUUAUGAUGGAGUUCGGAGGUCUUGGGUUGCUAAUGUUGCCGCUCACAGCGUCAACUGGACGACGAUUUCCCAGUUUUCUUAACCUCAUGAUGUGGCUCUCCUUCUUCAUAGGCAAUGGUCUGUUAUGGAGCCUUUAUCCGAUGGAGUAUUUCGCAAGAAAAAAUUGUCCACCCAAAGAAAAUGACAGCUUUUUUAUACCGAAGUCUUGGUCUUGUCCGGAAAUAGUGCUUAAACCAAAUUGGAGUUUUCAAAACCCAUUUAAUAUAAUUUACUAGGUGGAAAUAUUCAUAGAAGUUACUUUAUAAUAAAUAAUACGAAAGUAGCAACUGUAACAAAUCAUUUCUACGAAAAAGUCGUCACAAAAUAACAUGACUGUUAGAAAACUGUAGUAAUAAACCAACAAUCUAAAAACAGAAUUAUCGGGAUAUAUCAAGUAUCUAUUGCUUAGUACAAAUUUGAGAAUGUGACUUUGAUUUUUCAUAUUUUUAAGUUUUUGUUUGCGUUGUAGGCAUAA